CGCGCUCCCCGCCGUCCCGCAGCUCACAACAUGCAAACACACCCCUAUGACAGAUUCCCAGAACUGCAGGGUCAGGUCUGACUGUGGCGGCGAGGUGAGGACAGAGGUGAAGAAAGAACAGCAGAGCAGACCAGGCUGGGCUCCUCUGGUGAGCGAAGAUAGGAAGAUGCUGGCUGCCGUGAGGCUAAAGCGGCCUUUGCCUUGAGGUGGGAGCACAGGUCUCAGCAGACGGUGGCCCCAUGCUCGGGCUCACUAUGGCUUCCACACUAUGGCUUGACGGCUGAGGUGACUGUGUGCCCUGCAGGUGCCUCCUGCUUGUGGGGUGUGGGAACAGGGCCAGUGGAACCAGAGCAGACGCUCCUGGAAACGGGACCACAGGGCCGUGAUGGAGGUGACCUGAGACCCCAUCGGGCGGUUUUCUCUGGCAGGACAGCUUCAAGCAGGACACAGCUCGCUGGGAGAGCAGUAUGCAGGAAGCUGGCUUUCAGGCCACAGACGCUUUCACAGAGUGCAAAUUCACCUGUGCCAGCGGCAAAUGCUUGUAUUUUGGCUCACUGGUCUGUAACCAGCAGAAUGACUGUGGGGACAACAGUGAUGAGGAAAACUGCCUCCUGGUGACUGAGCAUCCACCUCCAGCCAUCUUCAAUUCGGAACUGGAGUUCGCCCAGAUCAUCAUUGUUGUCGUGGUGGUCACCGUGAUGGUUGUGGUUGUCGUCUGCCUGCUGAGUCACUACAAGGUCUCCACACGCUCCUUCGUCCAGCACCCAGGCCAGGGCAGGCAGCAGGGGGCAGGGGUGCUGCCGGAAGGGUGCCUGUGGCCUUCAGAUGGUGCUGUGCUGCGGCCUGGGGCCUCAGAGGUCUCCUUCGCGCCACGGGACCGCUUCGGCCGUCCCGUGCUGGCCCCGGCGCUGUCCUACGCGCGGCCGGAGCUGGACCUGCCGCCCACCAUCGCUCUAGCCGACGGCGAGGAGCCGCAGCACUUGGGCGCCCGCGCGCUGCGCCUCCGCGACCCGGAGCAGCAGCGCGAGCUGAGCCGCGAGUCGGUGCGCGCGCCGCCCAACCGCACGGUGUUCGCUGGGGCCUCACGGCCCUGCCCGCCCAGCAGCCGCGCGGGCGUCAGUCCGACCCGCGUGGACAGGGACGCGGCGUCCCUGAAGUAA